AUGGUUUUCGAGUCGCUUGUUGUGGAACUUAUCAAUAGGUAUUUAGGCUCAUAUAUAGAAGCACUAAACGCAUCCCAACUAAAAAUUGGUCUUCUUGGAGGAAAUGCUCAGCUUGACAACUUGGACAUCAAAGCUAAUGCUUUCGAUGAUUUGGAUUUACCAGUCAAAGUCCUGCAAGGUCACAUAAGUUCCUUAACUCUUAAAAUACCCUUUAAAAAUCUGUUCACGGAGCCUACCAUUGCUGAGUUAACGGGGCUUUAUGUUCUCAUUGUCCCAAACAUAGCUGUGGAAUAUGACGAGGCAAAAGAAAAGCGUUAUGCUAAAGAAUUGAAGCAAAAGGAACUAGUUAGUGUAGAGACAGCUCGUUUGAAACCUAAGCGCUCGGGUGAUGAUUCCAGAGCAGAUUCUUUCGGUGAGAAGUUAGCAGCACAAGUCAUCAAAAAUCUUCAAAUCUCUAUCAAAGAUAUUCAUAUACGAUAUGAGGAUAGUUUCAGUAUCCCAAAUCGUACUUUCUCCCUUGGGCUGACCUUAAGUGAACUAACAUUUCAGACGUGCGAUAGUAACCAGAAGCCUAUUUUUAUCAAGGAUGAGUCUAUUCGUCAAUUCAUUAAAUUUGUAAAACUUACAAGCCUUGGUGUGUAUUGGAAUCCAAUGUCCACGAAGUAUGCAGAAAAAGCAAAAAUUCCUCUUCGGAGUGCUAUGCGCAACUCAAUCGCCAGUCCAGAUAAUCUUAACACAGGCUUUCAUUACUUGGUAAAACCGAUUUCGUCCACGGCAAUGCUUCAUAUUCACACAAGACCAGAGGAGACAAACUACUCUAUACCACAGAUGGACUUGGUUGUUAACUUUGCCGAAAUAGAAUUGUGUUUUAGCCUUUCUCAAUACCAUGAUAUUACUUGUUUUUUGGAAGCUCAAGACAGGAUAGUAACCCAGGGAAAAUACCGUAAAUACAGACCAUUAACGCCAAUCUCACAAAAUUACAAAGUUUGGUGGCAGUUUGCAUACAACGCUAUUUUGGAAGAGUCUGUUCGUCGUAGACAUCUUAUGUGGUCAUGGGAACAUAUAUCAAAACAUAGAAAAAUAUCGAGAGAGUAUAUUGCAAUCUGGAGAAAAAAGCUAUCUGGAGAUAAACUCAGUCAGGCUCAGUUAGCUAAUUUAGAGGCAUAUGAAGAGUUUCUGGAUGUAUUCAACAUUGUAUUAUGUCGACAACAAGCUGAACUUCAGUUUAAUGCUUCUAAACAGAAACAGGGUCAAAAAGCUAAUUCAAAGAGUGGUGGUUGGUUUAGUUGGUUCUCACGUGGUUCUGCAGUUGGAUCAGAUGAUGUGGAAAGUUCGUCAGAAGGUGAUUUAAUGAAACGUUUAGAAACUGAAAUGACAUCAGAAGAGAAGGCACAUUUAUUUGCUGUUAUUGAUUAUUCUGAGUCAGCUGCGUCAGGUGUUUCUGGUUCUGCAAUUAAUUUCCCAAUAAGUUAUGUAUCAUCUUCUAUUGCUGUCACUUUAAGACAGCUUAGUUUAGUACUUCUAGAUGAUAAAUUAAGUGAUCCUAAUGUGCUGAAAUUUUCCGUGAAUAAACUCACUGCCGAUGUUAAACAACGUGCAGGUGACCAAGCUUUAGCUGUCUCAUUACGAUUGGAUAGUCUUGAAGCUUUAGGUGCUCAACCAACAAUAAAAGAAUCUUGUCUUGCUAAAUCUUCAAUCAAGCCUGUUCUGAUAACAAGUCAUGUAAAUCAGUUACUAUCCGAUGGCAAUAACCAAGCCGGUACUACAUCAAAGCCCAGUCAUCUACUCUGUAUUGACUUUGAAAAGAAUCCUCUUGAUCGCAAAGCUGAUCAAUGUAUUUCAAUUCAAGCUGAUGCAUUACAAAUAGUUUAUGAUGCUGAAACUAUCAAUAGAAUUGUUCAUUUCUUUACUCCACCAAAAGAUGUUUACUUACAAGAGUUAUCUAAUACAGUGUUGUCAUCUUUCGAAGAAGUUAAAGAAGUGACUACGAGUGGUCUGAAACAUCUAGCCACUAAUCGAUCUUAUACAGAUGUUCAUAUUGACAUUAAACCAAGUUAUUUUAUAUUACCAGAUUCUGGGAUAUACAGAAGUGAUUGCCGUCUGUUGUUGGUAGAUCUUGGAAGUUUUACAGUUAAUUCAAGUCGUACAUCAGUUCCACCAGUAUGCAAAACAGUACAAGAUCAAACUUCAUCAAAUGAUGAAAAUAAAAAUGAUUCUACAGGGAAAACUGAUGCAAAAGAAUCCAUUUCGAAGAUUUCUGGUCAAUUGAAACAUAAGUCUGGAAAACUAACAUUUGAUGAAUUAAAAGAUGAGGCCUAUGAUAAAUUUAACAUUAAUUUAUCAUCAGUUCAGGUUAUAAUGGUUAAUGAAGGCGAUGAUUGGAGAGUUUUACGGAAAAUGAAUAAAUCAUCAAAUCAUAUAUUAAAACCUUUAGCGUUGAGUUGUACACUGAAACGGUGUUUACUACGAAACGAUGUCAAUUUACCAAGAGUUAUUGUUGAUGGUUGUCUACCGGUAUUCAGCGUAGAUUUCACAGAUGCAGUUUUAAAAUCAUUAUACGAGUUAAUUGUGAAUGUUCCAUUUCCAGAAGCAGAUAAAAGUCUUACUACACCUGCAAAUCCUGAUGAAUUAUUAAAAGACGUUGUAGUUUUGCCUAAUUCAAUAAUGCCUGGAUCUGUACUAGCCACUAGAGAUCUGCUUAGAGUUACACGUCAACUUAGUCGAAACGAUAGUGACUCUACUUUGAGCAGUUGGGCAUCAGAUACUGCAGAUGAUGAUUUACGUGAUGAAAGUGAACACGAUCGAAUCAGUCAACAAUCAAAACUAGAAAGUGAUACUACUAAUGUUAAUGAUGAUCUUCAUGGUAGUCAGCUUAUGGAUCAAAACAAAUCUAAAGCCAUACGUCAACGUGAUCAAUCUAAUUUACGUCGUAAACGAGCAAAAUUAAUUGAUUUAAAAUUAGAUUUUGUUAUACGUAAAAUUGAAAUCCAGGUACUGGAACGUCAAUUAAACUCGCAAAAUAAAAAUAUUGAAGAUCGUUUAAUUUUAUCUUUCAAUAUUCAUGAAGUUGGUACCAGUUUAAUUAAACGUCGUUGGACACAAGAAAUUCAGGCUCAUAUUGGCACUUUAUCAGUUGCUAUUCCACAGUUUACUUAUAGAGAAACAAAUGAACCAGUCUAUUUAGCACGUACACAACGUCAUGAAGAAACAGGUCAUCAUUUAUUAGCAGUUCAGUUAAUCAUCGCAGAGAAAAAUGCUCCUGAUUUUGAUACAUACUAUCAAAAUACACGUCAUCGUUUACAAUGUGAUUUCAAAGUGUUGGAUGUAUAUGUUCAUCAAGAAGCCACUCUAUUAUUAAUGAAUUAUUUCAACAAUCUACGUAUAUCAUUAUCUAAACAAUUAAAAGAAAUUGAACAUCCAUCUGAAAUUGAAUGGGCUAGUAGUAUUGGAGAUGUAGAAGGUUUAAAAAAUGCAAAACUACGCGAAAAAUUAGAAAAUGAAAUGAAACAACAACUUCCUGGACGUUUAACUGCUGCAGAUGCUGUAGAAAGUCAUAUUGCUCGUAAAACUGAACGUCGAAAUAUACGUUUGGAAGCCGCUUCUUUAGCACAGAAAACAGGCAAAAUUGCAGUUAUUCGCGAAUUGAAUAUUACACAAUGGAUGGUUAAUGCAACACUGGACAAAGUGAAUGUUACAUUAGGCUCUAAAGAAACCGAUUUAUUUUCAACUACCGUUAACGGUCUUCGAAUUGAUGUUCGUACAACAUAUAAUACCAUAGAAAUUUCGGCAAUACUUUCUGAAUUCAUUGUAAUUGAUCGUAUCGUGAAUACAUCUUAUCGUAAGAUUUUAUGGGUUGACCCAACAGAAAAUGUUGUUUCUUUGCAAAUUACUCAUUUUCAAGAUAAUACUCAAUCUGUUGAGAAUUCAAUAGAUCCGGACAAAGUAGAUUUGGCUAUCAGUCUUCAGAUAGGGAAAUUACAUUCUAUCUUCUUAUAUCAUUUUAUUACACGUGUAUUGAAUUUUAUGGAAGCUUAUCAAGAAGCGGCUGAAAUGAUGUUAAAUAAAUUUCAAGCUUUAUCUGAUGCAGCAGUUCAACAAGUUCAUGAAGCAGUUGAUAAUUCUUUUCAAACUCGUCUCAGUUUAAAUAUUGUUGCUCAAGCACCAGUUAUAUAUAUGCCACAACAUUCAUUGUCAAAUGUGUCUUUGAUGAUUGAUUUUGGGCGUAUUACAUUGUCAAAUUAUUUUGAAUUUGUCAAUCCUUCAAAAGUAUUGCCUGAUACAACAAUUCCAGUUCCCAAGCCCGGAAUCAUGUUAGAACAUAUGGUGGUUAAGUUGGAAAAUUUACGAUUAUCAAGAGUAGUGCUAAAAGAGAGUUCUGUUCAAGCCGAGAAACACGUUUUACUUCCAAUUAAUGUUGAACUGAAAACUCGUCGUAAUCUCAAUCCAAAUAUAUAUUCCGCUAUACCUAUCCUUCUUGUCAAUGGUGGAUUAAAUGAAAUAAAUAUUUCUUUUUCUCAAGGCGAUUAUCGUGUUCUUCAAGAAGUACUUUUCGAUAAUUUUAAUGAUUUACCAUCGUCUACUAAAGUAUCUAUAAAAACAACACCUGUUACUACGGAUUCCUCUACUAAGUCCACUAACAAAAAGAAUAAAACACAACAAAAAGUUGAAGAGAAAAACACUUCUACACAAAAUGAUAAUCCAGUCAAAAUUGCAGUCAGUUUUGAUUUAGGAAUGAAAAGUGUCAUUCUUAAUUUGUACACAUGUGAUCAACCAAUAGCAGAAUGGCAUAAUGAUUUCCCAGAAGACAAACGAUUGGCUACAUUCAAUCUUAAACAAUUCAAUGUAUCUGGUCAAAUGGCUUCAGAUUCAUCAUCUCAAUUCAUUGCUAAACUUAAUGAUAUUAAAUUACAAGAUAGGCGACCUGGUUCGGAUAGACAAAUUACUAAAGGUCAAAUUUUACGAGUUUUAGAUCAUUCUACUACCAAAGAUAACCGUCAUGAUGAAUUAAUCUAUAUUGAAUUUAAACAAGAUGCUUUACUGAACAAAAAAAUUCAAAUUAGUCUACGAAGCAUUCACUUGUGUGCUUCAAUGGAUUAUCUUAUGUCUUUACUGGAUUUUCAAAUGAAAAGUACACCAACACCGAAAAAUGAAUCAAAUAACUUAACAUCUGUUACGGAUAAAUCCAAACAGAAACGGUUAAACAAUUCUUCAAUUACAAAAACUGAUGUCAAAAAAACGGAAUCAUUACCAACAACAUAUCCUUAUAAUCUGGAAUUAAAAAUUCAAAUAGAUAAUCCUGAAUUAGUUCUUGUUGAAGAUAUUUAUAAUGUUGAUAGUAAUGCAAUUAAACUUACUACUGAAUUAAGUUUUGAUUACAACAUGCAACAGGAUACAGCUGUUAUAAAUGCAUUAAUCAACAGUUUGUCUGUUGCUGCCUGCCCUUACAAUGAAACAGUUGGUGGGCCAUUUUCUAAGGAGAUUUUAUCGCCUUCUGCUUUGAGUUUUUAUGCAUCUCAACCCAUUAAUGGUAGUUUACAUGGAACAUUACAUAUGGAUACUCUAACGAUCAAUAUUAAUCCAAACACAAUCAGAUUAUUAUCAGCAAUUUCCUCAUCUGUUCAAUCAUCUUUAACCACUAACAAAAAUCCAGAUAUUUGUGAAACUGUUUCAAAGGAUGAAUCUAUGAAAGGCGUCAGUUUAGAUCAUUCGGAUGAAAAAUCACUUACUGAAUUUUGGAAACCGAUUCAACUGAAAGAAUUAAAUAUGCCUUAUUUAGGAUUAACAUCAGAUGCAAACGAUAAAAUUGAAUGUGUUGAACAUGCUUGUGAUGUUACGAAAGUGGUCGAAGAAAUGGAGAACCGCCGCAUAGAUAUAAUAAAUAUUCGAUUAAAAACGAUCCGAAUUAUACUGGAAUCUCAAUUAGAUACAAAAUCUAUGCCAAUGCUUGUUCUUGACUCCAGUUUGGAUGCAGUUCUAACUAAACCAAUUGUAAAUCUUGAAUUAAAGUUUCUAAUAGAAUUAUCCCUAUCAUAUUACAAUGAUUCACUUAACCAAUGGGAACCAUUGAUUGAAACUUUACCAGAAGAAGGUGAUCGCAUGUGGUCCCUUCAAUUGGAAAUAAUCAGUAUUGAUAAUAAGGCCGAAUGUUUAACCGAUGAUGACUGGGAGAAUAUUGGCUGUCUACAAGAAUCAAGGAAUACAAUGUUAAUUCUGUCCAGAGAUAAUUUAGAAAUCACUAUAUCUAAAACUGCUUUAAAUAUGUUAAGUAAUUUGGGUCGUUCAUUUGAAGCAGCCUAUAAGUUGAAAAAUAUCAAAUCGAAAUACGAUGAUUCAAGCAAUCGAGUUAUAGCACCCUAUCGAAUUGUGAAUAAUACUGGUUGUCAGCUGGCGCUACGAUAUAAUUCUCAAGCUCUAUCGUUGACUCACUUCAACAGUGAUAAUACAAUGACUAAAGGUGAAUCUCUUCAUCAAACACCAUCGGGAUCUAACAAAACAGUUGUUUCAAAUACUGAACAUGAUAUAGUAACGUAUCAAAAUUCGAUCCUACUUAAUUCACAACAAGAAAUCGGAUUUACUGAGUUGGCUAAAACUGACAAAAAACAGUCCAUUAUUUCUUCAUAUAAGGAUUCACGUCACCAUAUUUGGAUUUCUUUAUCAGAUACAAGUCUUAAACCUGGUAGUUUCAUAUCGAAUUCUGAAGUUGUUUUUCAAUUGUAUCGAGGUGAUAGCGAAUUGCUUUGUUUAUCAAAAGAUUCCAGCAAUGAAAAACCUACGAAUUCAGAUCGUAAAGGUACCAUUUAUCCAAUCAUUGCUGAUGUUGAAGCAUGUCUGGGAGUGAAAUCGAUAACCUUUCGUUCAACUGUUCAGGUCUUGAAUAAUACUUCUGAACGUAUUUGCAUCUACUCACCUUUAAUAAAAUCAUCUAUAGCAAAUCAACUACCUGGUUUAUUAACAGUUAUUGAUGCCGGUCAGUCAUAUUCACUUCCUGUAGAAAUCGUUAAUUCUCGUCAACAAACAGGGAUAUUUAUUGGACCGGAAUAUGAAAAACCAGUCAUUUCAGUGACUCCUGCUUAUUGGCCAGAAUUCGCUUGUGGAGUUGAAAAAUACACUCCAAGUAACACAGAUACUCAUUUACCUUUUCUUGCACCGUACGCUCAAUCAGUGUCGUCUACAAGUAUAGAAUAUAAAAUAUCCAAUUCCUCGCAAUUUAAAUGGCCUAAUCAAUUAGUUGAAUGCCAUACAAACAGUAGUAGUAUGAAUAAUAAUGGUAUAGUAUACUUUUAUAACGUUGCUGUUGUAAAUCACAGUGAUAAGGAUAAUCGUCUUGACAAUAAUAAUAAUAAUGAUAGUAAUACUGGUAACACUGAUCAACAGCGUAAAACAUCAUUAACUGCAGUGGCGGAUGAAUUACGUGCAACUCAAAAGAAAAUGAUUCAAGGAGAUAAAUUAAGCGUAACACACUGUGAUUUUCAAAUGAUUAUCCAAACUGCUGUAGUUUUGUAUAAUCAACUGCCGUUCCCAAUUAAUUUUAUAUUAACAGAUAUUACCGACACAAUUUCUGCCGGUAGUCAUUAUGCACUGAAGACUGCACCACCAAAUAGUGCACAAAUUGAAAUUUCAUUCGAAUACACUGGCAGCAUGUAUCGAGGCAAACUGGAAUUACAUCCACAAAUGGAAGAGUAUUGUGUCAUUGAAUUUGAAUCGCGUAAAGAAUACGAAGUGUUUAACUUGCCUUUAGGAUUACAUCGUACUUCAAAUCUGGGACAAAUAUGUUUAACAUUGUAUGCACCAUACUGGAUGAUAAAUAAAACUGAAAAAGAUUUAACAUAUAAAUCUGCAGAUGAUAUAGAAACUGUUCAUCCAGCUACUUUUACUGGUGCAUUGCUCUAUUCAUCUUUGUCUAAAUCAUUUUUUGGCAAACGAAAAGCUAAUCUUCGUGUAUGUGAAUCGAAUUGGUCAGAUAAAUUUUCAUUGGAUACAGUUGGUAGUUCAGGACGUGUGCAUUGUACAACAAAGUCAAAAAUGUCGUAUGAAAUUGGAGUGAAAAUCGAUUUAUCUAGUUCUGGUUUAACAAAAAUUGUUACAUUUAUGCCUUAUUUCAUAAUUAUCAAUAAAGCUAAUAUAAAUAUCGAGUGUUGUGAAGUAGAUGAAACUGAGACAAAAUCUACGCAAUCCGCAAAUACAGAAUGGAUAAAAGUUCCAGCUGGUGAAGCUGUACCAUUUUGGCCACAUGCAACUAAUUCAAAGAAUAUGUUAUUGAAAUGUCGUGUAGCAGAAAAUAUUGUGACUGCAGCAUUCCCAUUUUAUGAAUCACAUUCAAUAUUAAUGAAAUUAGACGGAAAAUAUCCUGGUAUAUUUGUUGAAGUGGAGACAACUGAAGAAACAACUGUAAUCACUUUGCAAAUGUAUCAAGAAGGUAUGGCUUUAGUGCGUCUCGUCAACAAUCUAAAUGAUUCACAACCAGUGUACUAUCAUCAAAGUGGAGUUCAACAUAUAGUUCAUCGGUUAGAUGCUGGUAUGUCUAUCAUGUAUGCAUGGGAUCGUCCUCAAGCAAAACGUGAAUUAAUUUUCUACUGUAAUGAAACCGGUAGUCAUCAUUCAAAUAAGUUAACUUAUGACUCUAUUGAAGAAUUUAAAGUGAAUAAUACCAAAGCAUAUUUGGUUUCAUUUAUGUGGAAUAUGCAACGUGUUUUAUUAUUUACACAAAAUGCAAGUGUUGCUAAAAAUGCUCGAUUAAGUUCUGAUCUUGAACCGAUUGACCAAGAAAUUGUUAUUUCUCUUCAAUCAAUUGGCAUUUCAUUAGUUGAUAAUCAUUCACGAGCAGAAUUAGCUUAUGUAUCUAUUACAAGUUCUGGUGUUCGAUGGAGUCAGGUUAAACGUGGCAAUCGUUUAAAACCAUUACAAUUGACUUUAAGCGAAAAUUUAGAACGCGCUUAUACCAAUUUUGUGAAUGCAUCAAAUGAUGCAGAUAAAGCUGCACUUAGCAUUGUCAAAUUAACUAAUACACAUCAACCAAUAGAAGUAGAUUUCAAUCAAAUGAUUAUGUUAAAACCGGAUCAAUAUGGGAUAACGCGUGCAUUUGAUCCGGGUGUAUUUUUACAAUAUAAAUCAUCUAUUAGUCAAAUGCAAUUACAUGCUAAAUUGUUUCGAUUACAGGUUGACAAUCAACGACUUGAUUCUACUUUUCCUGUGGUAUUGUCAGCUUUUCCUCAACCAAAAUCUGUGGCACUUGAUUCAGGUGUUAAACCGUUAUUUGAAUGGUCAGCAAUUAUUGGACGUACAGCGAAUCCGGGUUCAUUUCGAUUUAAAUACUUCCAUGUUCUUAUACAAGAGAUGCAACUUAAACUUGAUCAAGGCUUUCUUUAUGAUAUAACCAAUUUCUUUGGUUCUUCUGUAACACAUACAUCUAAGGAGGAAGCGUUCAAACAUGAUUAUCUUUUGAUCACUAGUAAAUUGAUUGAUUCACCAGUUGUACAAGCUCGUCUACAAGAUGGUAAUCGAUCCAUUUUUGAUAAUUUUCAUAUUUCACCAAUCAAAGUACACGUCAGUUUUUCUCUUACUGGUAGUACAGAAGGAAAAUCGUCGGCUUUCCCGAGUGAAGUACUUAAUCUUUUCUUGCAAUCUCUUGGUGUAGCAUUAACUGAAGUACAAGAUGUAGUUUUCAAAUUAGAUUAUUUCGAACGUCAAGCAUGCAUCAUGACACUUAAUCAAAUGAGUACAGAAAUUACACAUCAUUAUGUUGGCCAAGGUGUUAGACAAAUGUAUGUACUAGUUUUAGGGUUGGAUGUAUUGGGUAAUCCAUUCGGUGUAUUGCGAGGCCUAGCUCAAGGUGUUGAAGAUCUCUUUUAUGAACCAGUAAAAGGUGCAAUUCUUGGUCCAGAAGAAUUUGCUGAGGGUGUCACUCUAGGUGUACGAAGUUUGCUUGGUCAUGCUGUAGGUGGGGCAGCUGGUGCAGUUUCACGUAUAACUGGUACACUCGGUAAAGGUAUCGCUGCUCUAACUCUAGAUGAAGAAUAUAAACGUAAACGUCGUGAACAGUUAGCACGACGUCCAGAAACAUUUGGUGCCGGUCUAGCUCAAGGUGGUCGAGGUUUAGUUAUGGGUGUAUUUCAUGGUGUUACUGGAGUGGUUACAAAACCUUUCGAAGGGGCUAAAAGGGAAGGAGUUGAAGGUUUUUUCAAAGGCUUUGGCAAAGGUCUUGUUGGUGCAGUAACUCGUCCAGUUUCUGGAGUUGUUGAUUUCGCUAGCAGUUCAUUUGAAGGAAUUCGCAGAUUAGCUGAUACAACACAAGAAGUUUCACGUGUUCGUCCUCCUCGGUUUAUUCGUUCUGAUGGAAUUAUAAGACCGUAUGAUAAACGUGAAGCUGAUGGUCAUCUUAUUCUUAAACAAGUAGAUAAAGAUGGUACUUUUGGUCAAUAUCUAUUCCAUGUUCAUUCUGUUCGGGGAAAUAGUGCAUUAGUUUUAACAACAAACGACCUAUUAAUCAUAGAAUCAAUGGAUUUAUUGGGAACAUUUUCAGUUGAUUGGAAAACUCCAUUAGAAAAUUUAUCUGAAGUGCCAGUUAUCAACAAAAGUGGGAUUUUGAUUAGUUUGAAAGAAAAACAGAAAAAAAUGUUUACAUCAGGUCAUCGGACUAAACAAUUUGACUGUGAUCUUAAUUUAGCCAAGUUAAUGAUCAAUGAGAUCGAUUUGGCCAUGACUAAACAUGAACACUUGGACUCUAAUCUUUGA